AUGUCGCUGCUCUCCACUGUAGAAGCGAAAGUAACACAAGUCUGGGAUUCAGUGCAGCGAAGACGAUGCCUUUCGAGCAACGAGAGCAAUAUUCAACAGCAUUGCACGUCGUUGAGCAAUCACAAAGUUCCAUGCGUCUUCCUGCUGUAUCCCCUGCGUUGCACGCGCCACAUGAGAAGAAUCCAAAGACCCAAUAUCUCUGUUAAAACGGAAGCAUUCUGGUUACCCAAGCAUGGUGUACGAGCGCACGCAGUACGUCUUGCGGGGCACAGUGCACGCCAACAGUCGCGCCCUGGCAGAAUAAGUGCAGACAACUGCGCUCCGCAGGAUGCCAGCAUGAAGACAACGAGCCCCAUCCACACCAAGAAUGAACAGAUCUACCCAUGGGCCGUUCAAAAAGAGACACCGUGA